AUGCGACACGGGUUGUUGGACGGUCAAGUGACUUCCUACUACUCUAUGGCCGGGGAAGAUGUCGAUUACGAUGCGUUGACGCACUACGUCGUGGCGAACAAAAAAUUCGCGAGCGCCGAAGCCAAGGAAGACUUCCAAACCAACUACGGAUCGAAAAUCAAAGAUAUCGUCGCUCAAACCAGUGGUUGCAUAAUCAAAGCUGGCCCGUUCACCCCGGAACAACGCGAAGGGUUUCUUCAAGAAGACGCGGACGACAUUCAGCUCACCAUUUUAAUCGGUUUUCCGAGCGCGGAGAAGAGACAAGCUUUCCACGACAUCCAAAGCGAAAACGGCAUGAAAGACGUCCGAGAGCGCACGUUGGUCGGACCGUUGUAUAACAUCGACGCGUUGCCGAAAGAUCAUCCCGCGUUUGUCAGUGGUUCUCCCUUUGAGAGAAAAACCAUGUAA